AUGUGUCGGAAAUGGUUUGCGAAAUUUCGUUGCGGAGAUUUUGAUCUCCAAAAUGCUUUUCGCUCUGAUCGGCCAGUCACUACUGAUAUCGAUCAAAUCAAGGUUUUAAUCGACUCCAACCGGCAUUUGACGACUACAGAGAUUGGACAUAAUCUCAACAUUGAUCAAUCAACUGUUUCGAGACAUUUACGGAAGCUUGGAAUAGUAAAUAAACUUGAUGUUUGGGUACCGCACGAACUGAGCGAAAAGAAUUUAAUGGACCGAAUUUCAGCUUGCGAUUCGCUGCUUAAACGCCAUCAAAACGAACCAUUUUUAAAGCGGAUGAUCACUGGCGAUGAAAAGUGGAUUGUCUACAACAAUGUCAGUCGAAAAAGAUCAUGGUCGAAACGCUCAGAGGCUGCUCAGACGAUCGCAAAGGCUGAAUUACACCCGAAGAAGAUCAUGCUCAGUAUCUGGAGGGAUUGGAAAGGAAUCGUCUAUUAUGAACUGCUGCCAUUCAACAAAACGAUUAAUUCGACCAAGUACUGCUCACAACUGGCCAAAUUAAAGUGA